AUGCAAGCAGUGCUACGCGCCGGUCAGGACCAGCGUCGGGAGCUCCGGGGCGGCGAGCGACGGGCGGCUAGGGCUGAGCGGGGAUAUAAGCCCUAUAACAACCUCACCAGCCCGAAGACUCACCUCAUCUUCCUCCUGCUGCUGCUCCCGACGACGCUGAGCAUCCUCCUCCUCCUCCUCUCCGACAGCCUCGACCGGACGAUCGCAGACGGAUCCAUCUACGGGCUGAUCAACGGCUACCGCACCUCGGUGCAGACGGGCGUGCAAGCGCUCGCCACGCUGCUCAGCACGGUGCAGCUCCUCAUCAUCUGCCGGCUGAUCAACCAAGCGACGCGCAUCCGGUUCGCCCACCGCCACGCGACGCAAAAGACCCAACUCACGACCCUCAGCUUCUGGGCCUCGCUCUCCCCCCCGGCCGCGAACUGGACCCUGCCCCCGCUCCUCGUGUGUGUGACCUUCCUGCUGGCCAACCUCUCCGCCGUGCUCUCCGCCCUCUGGACGGGCGCCCUCACCCCGACCACCACGACCACCACCCACCUCUACCCGCUGCCGAUCCCCUCCUACCGCAACACAAGCUUCAUCCUCGAAUACCUGUCGCAGAUCGACCGCACCGGCCCCACCGCCCGCACCCCGCAGGGCUACUUCACCUACUCCGUGGGGCUCGCGCAGCUGACCGCGCUGAUCUCCUCGGCCAGCAUGGCCACCCCGCUGCUCGCCAACGCCAGCCGCGUGCACCCCAAGCUCGACAACACGGGGUACAGCUACACGGGGCGCUCGUACGGGGUCGGCGCCGCGGUCGGGCUCACCGAUUCCGCCCUGCGGGCCACUUACCCGCACGCCACGGGCUACACCUACCGCGAACCGGGGUACGUCGCCACCGUCGAGUGCACCUACAACCGCUCCACCGCCUUCCGGCUGGAGGAGCUGGGCGAGUACGCGCUGUACGCGGCCCGCGGGCCCUUGCCGGAUACUGUCAACGCGAGUCAGCGGAGCGGCGGCGAGUACUCCGUGUAUACCGGGUAUAGCACACGGACGAUCGUGGCGGUGGGCGUGGCGGCGCAGCCGGUCGCGUACACGCGCCACCGGUAUGUGGCUGUCGCGGCGGGCGGGUAUUAUGUCGGGUUGAAUGCGAGUCAGUGUGUGCUGGUGUUUGAGCCGGAGUGGUUUGAGGUGGUGGUUGGGGUUGCCGGGAAGGAGAUACGGGUUGGGCGGGCGGCGGCAGGGGAUGGUUCUGCUGUUGCGGAUACCACUGCUGCUGCUGCUGCUGCUAGUGCUACAGCUACUGCUACUGCAGCUGUAGGACUAGCUAAGCGCGAUGAUGAUGCAGCAACAACCUCGGGAGAAGGCAACGCGACAGCCGACAUCGACCCCACCAACAAGACCAUCCACGUCGCCAUGCGCCAGCUGGAACUCAUCUCCAACGAUCUGACGAGCUUCUACCGCUCCACCCUGGGCGACGCCUUCAACACCAGUAUCGCCGAUUAUCGCACGUCCACGCCGGCGACGGUGACGGUCGAGGCGUUCCGCGUCGGGUCGCACCCGUACAUCGUCUGUGUGUUCGGGACCUCGCUGGCGCUGCUGCUGGUCGUGGCGGCGGAGAUGGGGCGCACGCGGCUGUGGCGGGGUCUGCCGCGGUGGGAUUACAUGGAGAUGAAGAUGGUCGUGGCGGCGGCGUCGAACGGGGGCCGCGGGAUCGCGGAGCGCGCGGCGGAGAAAGGGUGGGCCGCGGACGAGGUGGGCAGGAUUCCCGUGCGGUUGGUGGGCGGGGAGCAGGUCGCGGGCGGCUGGCGGUUGGUGGUGGAGGAUGGCGUGGAUAAGGAAAUGUUGCUUCUAGAAAGGGGUGGGGAUAGGGAUGGGCGGUGGAUUUAG